AAAGAUGCGCCCACAAACCCCCGCGGCAUCCCCUUCGCCCCCUUCGUCGACCGGGUCGAAGACUACGUUACCGACCGCUCAGAGGUGGAGAACACCAUGAACAGCUUCAAGGAAAUGAUAUCGAAGUACCAGUUCAUGGAAGUCAACACGCAACGGCGCGCAGCGGGGCUCAAGGACAAGAUACCAGAUAUACAAAAGACGUUGGAGACGGUACGCUUUCUGAAAAGCAGGAAGCCCGAUUCGGAGGCCAUGGAGACCACUUUCGAGUUGAACGACACGUUGUACGCGAAAGCAGAGAUACCCCCGUCGGACGAGGUAUACCUAUGGCUAGGGGCAAACGUUAUGCUCGCAUAUCCCAUCCCCGAAGCCGAAGAACUGCUCAAGUCGAAGCUCGAUACCGCGAAGAAGAGCCUGGCCAUGUGCGAGGAGGACAUGGAGUUCUUGCGCGAGCAGAUAACCACACUGGAAGUCGCCUUCGCUCGAGUGUACAACUGGGAUGUGGCGCAGAGGAGGAAGGAGAGGGAGGAG